AUGCAUACCAGAGCAUCUCCGCAGCAGCUCCUCAAUGAGCUCGCUGUGCGAGAGCGACGCGUCCUGCAGCAGUUGCGCGACCUCUCCGGUAUGAACCAGUCUCCGAUACCACCUAGCCGGCCCUACGAGAGUUUGCCGGUGACACCGGAGAGACUCAACACCGCAUCGCUGCACUUGGCAUCGUCUGUGUCCCCACCACAACCGCUUUCCUCUCCUUCGACCGCCACCGGUCAUGAAGAUUAUCGAGUGGAGAAGCCGUCGCGAUGCCAGCAAGAAAACGGCCGCCAUGACAUCUGCCUUCCCCCGCGUGGGACUGCGGGCAAUCUGGAGCGAGACCUUCAGCGACUCCAGUACCUACUCCGACACAGUCCGCUGACGAGGACGCAGCCGUCAAUCGCGGACGCAGGCGACGAGGGCGGCUCUGAAGCGACCAACGCUCAGCAGCCGCAACAGCAUUUCUCGGUGGUACACAAAUGGGGCGGCGCUGCAGUGGUACCUGAAAAGAGGACACGCGAGGCGCGUCGGCCCAACUUGAGUGCAUCCCCAGUGACGCCGGAGGUGAAGCGCGACCGACGAGAAACGGCGGUCUACUACGCACCACCCCCGCCUCUAACUCCUUUCCCAUUGUACACAGAGACGCCUCCGUUGCAUCCGAGCGGUGGCUCAACUUCUCCAGCGCGACGCAGUGCGGUGCUGGACAUGGACGAGGAGCCCCGUGACGAGGAUGUGGCACUCGCCAGUGAUGCUCUUGCACACUUUUCUCAAGUGGCUGCUGGGGUAGUAGCCGGCGGUGCACAGGACAUGUUUAGAAGGGUGAAUGCGACUAUGUUCCCUGGACGGGCUUCAGCGAAUACUGUAAGCGCCUGCACAGCGCCUCUCUACCACCAACCAGACAACACUGUGCCGAGUGAGGCGUACAGUGAGCGGUGCGCCGCCUCUCCUGUGGCUCCUUCCACUGGUACGUGGCGACGGUCUCCGGUGCGGUGGUUUGCUUCUGCUGCCGCGGCCUCAACCUCACAGAACGCACCCCGAUACGAGCGGUGCGAAGAGGCGGAAGAGAAGUUAACGACUCGGUGUGUGCCUGCGUUGGACGUGUGGGCUGCGCAUCGCACGGUGCAUGGCGUGCCUCACGAAGCGGAACGUUCUGACUCGACUUCCAUGGAGGCCUCGCUACUGCCGACAGGGAUAUCUUCUCGGGCUUCACGUCCGCCUCUGUCGCCGUCUCUCCAGGGGGAGCUCUCCAACGUUGACGCACCACUGCACCCAGCCCUGUCAAGUACCAGUCCGCCUCCACGCAUGCCAGGGACGUCGCCUCCUCUUGCCAAAAUCUAUCCACCCCCCGGCUCCACUGUCGGUCUCACCUUUCCAACGCCUACCCUUGACGAGAACGCAGCCUCACCGUCCUUCGCUGCCACACUACAGAGCAAAGCUGCAACACCGCAGCCGACUUUGCACAACGGCGGCGGACACCACGGCCGCAGUGUAUUGGUGGAGCCUCAGCCUCCGUGCGCCGCAACGCAGAUGCAGCACGGUGUCAUGCGAACCACCUCCUGGUAUGCGCUGAAGGCGUUCUACGCCCGGCAGUCCAGCGCCGGUGCCUUGCUGACACCGUUGUGGGAAGAUGGUAUUUCAUAG